CAGCCCCGAACCGAACCGACCCCGUCCGAGCAGACCCGAACCGGCCCGGCCCCGUCCGAGCACACCCGGCGGGCAUGAGGCGAGCCGCGCCCCGGCUGUAGCCGGCCGCAGGACCCCAAUGUCAUGGCUGAUGAGGAGCUGAGCUCCCACGCCGCCAAGAAGGGAAGUCUGUCCCCCAGCAGCUGCCGGGGCAGCGCGGCCGAGCCGAGCACGCUGCUGCAGGAGCUCAGGAGCAGCAUCUCCAAAUCUGUGCAGAACAAGGUCGACUCCAUCCUGCAAGAUGUCCAGAAGUUCUCGGACAACGACAAGCUCUACCUCUACCUCCAGCUGCCAUCAGGACCAAGCCUGGGGGAGAAGAGCAGCAGCAGCAGCCUGGACCUGAGCUCACUGAGCACAGCUGAGUACAUGCAUGCCUGCAACUGGAUCCGGAACCACCUGGAGGAGCACACAGACACCUGCCUGCCCAAGCAGGACGUCUACGACGCCUACAAGCGAUACUGCGACAACCUCUGCUGCCGCCCGCUGAGCGCCGCCAACUUCGGCAAGAUCAUCAGGGAGAUCUUCCCCAACAUCAAAGCUCGGCGCCUGGGGGGCCGAGGGCAGUCCAAAUACUGCUACAGCGGGAUACGGAGGAAGACGGUGGUCAGCCUGCCACCCCUGCCCAGCCUGGACCUCAAAGUGACUGAGACUCAGUCGGAGCUGGCAGAGCUGGUGCAGUCCUACAGCAGCGAGGUGAUGGAGGCAGCCUGCGCCCUGACCUGCGACUGGGCCGAGAAGAUCCUCAAGCGCUCCUUCAACAACAUCGUGGAGGUGGCUCAGUUCCUCAUCCAGCAGCACAUCAUCAGCUCCCGCUCGGCCCACGCCGACCUGGUCAUGGCCAUGGUGGUCUCAGAGAGCACUGAGAAGAUCCCUCGUGAGAGUCGGGCGCCAUCGGCCGCGAAGAAGAACGGCCUGGAUGCGCCUGAGGGCCAGGGCCAGACCAAGAAGGACAGCAGCCCCAAGCCCCCCAUCCCACCUCGUCCUGAGAAGAAGAAGCCUCCGGAGCCCCCCAAGGCUGCCAGCAGCCCCCAGGUGAAUGCCCUGGUCGCCCGCCUGCCCCUGCUCCUGCCCCGCAUCCCACCGGUGGAGCGACCCAUGGCGCCCGGUGCCACCACCAUCCGCUCCUCCCCUCCCGUCCUGGCACCCAAAAUCACGGCUACCCCCCUGGGGGGCACGGUCAAGGUGGCCCUGCCGCUGCCGGUGGGCACAGCGUCCCCCUCCAUGCCCCUCGGGCUGGCCCCGGGGGCCAACGGGCCGGCAGGGCUGCUGAGCCAGCAAGCAGCUGUGCCAGUCCUCAACGUGCUGCUGCCUGGCGUCGGCGUCCCCGGCACGGCCGAGAGUCCUGCCAACCCCCGGAGCGCGGGGGGCAGCGGCGAGGGUCCCGGUCCCCAGGACUUGCAGCGCCCCAAGGCCUCCAAGCGUCCCCCGGAGCCGGCCGGGGACGGCCUGCAGAAGCGCAGGCGCGGGCGGCCGCGGAAGAGGCCGGAGGAAGGGGGCGCAGCGUCCCCCCCGGAGCUUUGCCGCGGGCUCGGUGCCGACGGCGGUGGCGCUCCCGGCGGUGGCGGUGCCGCCGGCCCCCUCGGGGACGGUCCGGCCGGGAAGUGCCUGCCCACCCACGUCAGCGUCAUCCAGGACGGCAGGGUCAGUGCCAAGGCCAGCCGGGAGCUGGCACUGGAGAAGCUGUCGGCAGCACAGAGGAGCCCGGCCGAGGCCAGGUCCACCCUGGGCGACGCUGCAGGUGGCCCCCGGGACGGAGGGGACCCCUCCGCUGCCCACUGUGAUGGACAGACACAGGCAGGAACCUGCCCUGCCGCUGCCACCUCCCAACCCUUGGACACGGCUCCCUGUGCCCCUCCAUCCCCCCGUGCCCCCACGUCCCAGGGGGCUCUGCCAGGGCAGGUGGGGCUCAGUGCCCACCGUGGCACUUAGGGGCCAUGCCCUGACCCCCUGACUUCCCCUCUGGC